AUGAAUCGUAAUUUGAAAGAUGCCAAUAUCUCAUUGGUGAAUAUUCAUUAUACAAAAUUUUGUGAAAUGACUUCACAAAUUAAUUCAUUACGAAAUAAACGAAAUGAAAUUACCAAACAAAUUAGAUCAAUCAAAGAUAAAGAAGAAAAAAAUAAAUUAGUUGAACAAGCAAGAGAAAUUAAAGAAGCAAUUCAAAAUAUUGAAUCGAGAUUAGGAAAAGUUGAAGAAGAAAUGUUAAUUGAAGGAUUAAAAAUUCCCAAUGAUACUCAUGAAGAAGUUAGAGUUGGUGGUGAAGAAGUUACUAGAAUUAUAAAGACUGUAGGUACUCCUCUUCUUGCAACUGAAAUAGAUCAUAUGACAAUAGGCAAAGAAUUAGAUUUAAUAGAUUUUGAAACAGCAUCAAUUGUUACAGGUACAAGUUGGUAUUAUUUAAGAAAUGCAGGAGCAUUAUUAGAAUUAGCAUUAAUUCAAUAUGCCAUGGAAAAAUUAGUCAAUAAAGGAUAUUUACCAAUAAUUACUCCAGAUGUAAUUAGAACUGAAUUUAGUAAUGCAUGUGGAUUUCAACCUAGAGAUGACGAAUCUUCACAAAAAUCAUCAUCAUUCAAACAAAGCAAUUUAGAUGAAAAUAGCAACAACAAUAAUAAUAUAUUAUAUCAAAAUUUAUUAUCAGCCACAGCAGAAAUUCCUUUAGCAGGAAUUUAUUCUAAUAAAAUAUUAACAGAUUCCCAAUUACCCAUAAGGAUGGUAGGAUAUGGAAAAUGUUUUAGGGCUGAAGCAGGAUCAAGAGGUCAAGAUACUAAAGGAUUAUACAGAGUACAUCAAUUUAGUAAGGUGGAAAUGUUUUGUUUAACUAAAUCUCAUGAAAGUGAUAAUAUGUUUAAUGAAAUUGUUGGAUUACAAGAAGAAAUAUUUAAUGAUUUGGGAUUAUGUUUUAGGAUUUUGGAUAUGCCAACUUAUGAACUUGGAGCUAAUGCUUAUCGUAAAUUUGAUAUGGAAGCCUGGAUGCCAGGACGUGGUAAAUGGGGAGAGAUAUCUUCAGCUUCAAAUUCAAUCGCUGUACCAAGAAUGAUCAUUUCAAUACUUGAAAAUUUUCAAAGAGGUGAUGGUAAAAUUGUUAUACCAAAAGUAUUAAGGAAAUGGAUGAAUGGAAUGGAAAUUAUUGAACAAAAGGUUUCUUCAAUAUCUUUGGGAGUACCUUCUCCAUCAACCACUAAAACUCCCCCAAAAACAAAAACUGAUGAAGGUAUUAAAAAUAUGAUAAAUGGCUCGAUCGCAGGAAUGACUGGGAAAUUAGUAGAAUAUCCGUUUGAUACAGUUAAAACUCGUCUUCAAGCUCAACCAUCAGAUCAUAAAAUAUUCAAAGGAGCAAUGUUAGAAAAUGCAAUGUUAUUUCUAAUGUAUAAUCAAAUUCAAAUGAUGAUUAAAGAAUACACAACUCCUGUCAGUGAACGACAUCGUUUAAAUAAUUUUAAAGAUUCUUCUACAGAAAUUCCUCUCAGCAUGAUACAAUUAUGUUUAGCUGGUGCAAUUUCUGGAACUUGUGCUUCAUUUUUAUUAACUCCUGUAGAAUUGAUUAAAUGUAAAUUACAAAAUUCGACCUUUGGAGUUACGACAAAUUACACUGGUCCAAUUUCAGUUAUUAAACAUACCAUUAUACAACAUGGAAUACCCGGAUUUUAUCGUGGUCAUUCUGGUACUUUAGUUCGAGAAACUAUUGGUGGAGCUAUUUGGUUCGGAACUUAUGAAUUCGUAUUAAAAUUAUUUAUGAAACGAAAAGAGAAAUCGAUGUUGAUGAAUAAUAUUUCAUCAUCAUCAUCAUCCCCUUCAUUACCUUCAUCAUCACAUUCACGAUUAUCUUCAUCACCUUCAUCACAAUUAUUAUCUCCAAUUAAGAAAACAGAUUUAAGUGCACCACAAUUAAUGACGGCUGGAGCAUGUGCCGGGAUGGCAUAUAAUUUGUUAAUAUUUCCCGCGGAUUCAAUUAAAAGUCAAAUUCAAACUGAUGAAGAAAUCAUGCAAGCUACAGGAAAGAAAAUUGUUAGAAGAGGAUUUUUUAAAGUUGGUAGAGAUAUAUUUAAAUCCGAUGGAAUUCCGGGAUUUUAUCGUGGUUGUGGAAUAACUGUGGCGAGAGCUGCUCCUUCAAGUGCCAUCAUUUUUAUGACUUAUAUGCCAGUAUCGAUAUCUAUUAUUCAUCAAGCAUUUUCAUAA